UGACAGAGCCGUUGUUCGAGAGCUGCUGCUGCAGGCCGAGAGGCACACGGCCACCACCGGGCGGCCUGGCGAGCGGUCGAAUGAGCGGAUUGUCAGAAGCUCCAGAGAUGCAGACGCCAGCUCUCGCCGGCCAGUUCCAGGCGGCGGGGCCCCGCGGCAAGGUGACUGGCAGGAAGAGGGGGCGGCCUCCGACCCGGAAGAUGGACUUUCAGGACCUUUAUGUGGCGUCUCUGUCGGCCCUCAAGAUGCCCAAGAAGAGAGGAAGGAAGCCUGGGUUUAAACUGAAGCCCAGGAUGGCGAUGUCCCACCCGGCGACCUCACCUCCCAGCAGCACACCAGAGCCGGAGCUGGGCUCCCUUCCCCAGGACGCCGCCAUCGUGCCCCACUCUGCGACGCCACAGGUCCUGACAGAAACAUUGGUGCCUGACGACUUCCUCUGUGACCCCUCGUUGAACUCCAAGCGCUACAACUCUGCUUUCGGGAUGAUGGCAUCGCAGUACAACCUAAAACACGCCUACCGUAGCACCACUAGCGGGUGUGCGAUACCUAUGGGAUUGUGCAGACAAGCGUCCAGUCCCAGGAGAUUCCAGGAGGCGAACAGGAAUGCUGACAGUGCCAUGGCUGAGGCGGCAGAGCCCAUGCGUCCUGCAGGGAAGGACCCGUCCCGCUGGGGCGUGGACGAGGUGGUCUGGUUCAUCAAAGACGCCGACCCUCAAGCUCUGGGGCCUCACGCUGAGACCUUCCGAAAACAUGAGAUAGAUGGCGAUGCCUUGUUGUUGCUGAAGAGUGAGAUGAUGAUGAAGUAUCUCGGACUGAAGCUGGGCCCGGCUCUCAAACUGUGCUACCACAUAGACAGGCUCAAACAGAAUCGCGUGUGAUGAUCGAUGCAAUACCAUCGACGGGAGUCAAGUUCCGGCCUGGCGAUCCAAACAGAUGGCCGCUACCGUACUGUACCAUACAAGUGCUGUACUUCAGUCCCAAACUCUGAACAUCAACACUCGUGCUGCACAACUCACCCGCUCACAUUUAGCAUUAGCUUUUAUGAAACCUACUACACAAACUGUACGCUGACUACUCUUGAAUACAUCCAGGUUUGAGUUCUACCCUGUGAAAGAUAAGAUGUACUUUUCUUCCAUGGUGCUUACACCUCAGUAUCAAUAACAUACAGUCCUGCUGCACUGUUUUCAAAGUCAACGUUAUUUUACUUCCUGUUACUGCUCCUCUUGCAAACAUCUUAAUGACAGCACUGAGAGACUUCAAAGUAAGGCGACAUUUCCCCUGUUAAUUUUAUGGUUGUUGACUCGCUAUAUGUUGAAGCAGCGGUGGAUUUUUCAAACUUAUUUUCAUUUAAUCAAGGCUUUUAAAGUAAAUAAUUGACCAUCAAUGUGUAGUUUUAUGUGUUUGUUCUACUUUUUAUUCCUGCAUUGAAAGGUAAAAUAUUAACACGUUAUUGUUUUGGUUAAAUGGCAUCAGUUGACUGCAUUAAACUGU